AUGGAAGCUUUGCUACAAUCGUGGGAUUUGAGUGAGUUAUACUCGACUUUUUGUGGUAAGUUGAUUUCACAUCAAGAGAGGAUUAAUCUAAAGGAUGAAUCACAACCAAAUACUUGCUGGCAACUGAUGCCUGUGACAAGUGAUUGCUCUAAAAUCAGUGAUAAGUUUAGUGAUAUAGACAUUGAUAGUUUACCUGUUGAUUUCGUUAAUACUAAUGUUGAACACCCUGUUGGAAAAGAACUCUUGCUUAUUUCAAACCAAAAAAAGAUUCAACUCGAGGCUUCGUGGAUAUCUACGCUGUGUGAAAUCAUUGUAUAUGAUUGUUUAAAAAAAAAUAUAACAUUAGUGAACGAAGACCAUGAAGAGUUAGCUUCAAAAAUUGUUGAGUUAUUUCCAGCUGAGUGUACACAAACUUUUUACGUUCCUCCAGUAAAGAAAAAAGAUUCUCUAAGUAAUAUGAGUCUGAUUUCAAAGGGAAAAUUAGUUGACAAAUACCGCAAUACAUUAGUAAUUAUAAGAAAUAUAAAAAAAUUUUCGGAGUGUUUUAAUAAUACUGGUGAGAGUGAAAGCAUCUCUUUGAAUACUGGUGACAAUUCAGCACUGGAAAGCAAGCAAUGGUUGAUGCAUCAUAGAGAAGAAUUAGAUGUUUUGCUGCAUUGGAAAUCAUCCUUCGAACUGCGGAGAUCUGAAGUGGACUCUAAUAAAUAUUCAAGUGUAACUGACAUAUUUAAUGACUGGCCUAUUCUAAAAGAAUCGAUAUGCUCUGUAUUGAUUAAUACGGAUUAUGAUAAUGUUUACAAAAAUAAAGUCAUUAACGUAAACGAAAGUUGGGGAAAUAUUUUUCAUCUUCUCAAAAAUAUUUCAGUGGACAAAAUUGCUAAAGAUUAUCUUCCAAAGCUCAGGUUGCUUGAUAUGAGUGAAAAAAAUGUUUCUCCGUUAAGCAAGUACAUUAUACAACUCGAAAUAUUUAUUCAUUUACUUUCUGCUGUGAAACCGCGUAGAAAGGGUAAAAACUCAAAAAAGGAGACGCACACUCGAAACAACAACCAAGAAGAUGCUCUCAGUGCUGCUAUAGAAAGCGUUUAUAUGCACGUUAAAGUUCCUGGGGAUGUUGACACUGCUUGUGAAAAAAAGAUUUGUCAAAAGGCAAAAACCAAGUCUACAAUCCAACCAUUUUUAAUCGUAGUUGGACCAAAUGAAUUGGAUUUGCAAAAAGUAUACGUUCAAGUCGAUAAUUUUAGAUUUGAAACUUCAACGUUUAUUGAAGGAUUUGACUUGUUGUUUAAAUUUUAUUUAAUGUUUAAAAUUGCAUACCCAGUCGAAAGCCAAAAUUUUUGUAAAUUUUAUAGUAAUACAACCGUUACGGAAAAACUGGCUCAAGAGACUAUUCAAGAAUUUCAAAAAUUGAUGUCAGAAAUUUCGGUUACAACAUUAAAAAAAUUAAAAGAGCGUAUACCUAUUGAAUAUCACGAUUUCAUGGAAGACUGUUUUAAAUUAGAUGUUUUUGAAAACUUUGACUCAAAAUGGAGAUGCAUGCAGCAGUUAAAAAACUCCGAGUUUUAUUUUGCUCCACGUCAAUUUAAAAUAGGUGAAAUUGGUGAUGAUAAAAAUAUAAAUAACAGUAUUAAGUGGACAAAAAAAGCGUGCUAUGGUCAAAUAAUUUCAUUACGUGCAGUGUUAAAAAAAUUUUUAGAACUACCGAAUGUUUUUAAAACUAUUAUGAAUUUUAUGCAAACUGAAUCUGCAAGGAUUGAAAGUCAAGGUGAUAUUUAUUCUAGUUUAUUUCAAGGAACACUGUGGAAAAAUAUUUCUGGAGCAUUUCAAGAAAAAAUUGUUAUACCUCUAUAUCUUUAUUACGAUGAUUUCGAAAUUGACAACCCUCUCUCAACAUCAGCAGGAAUUUAUAAGGUUGGAGGAUUAUACUGCUCUAUCGCUGCGUUACCACCUCAAUUUGCGUCAACUACAGCUAAUGUUUUUUUACCCCAAUUAAUACAUAAUUCCGAUUAUAAAGAAUUCGGUGCUGAAAGAUGCUUUGCUGAGAUAAAAGAUGAAUUAAAUUAUUUAACACAAUUUGGCAUAACAAUUAGUAUUAACGGAGAAAGUCAUCGCAUUUAUUUUGUAUUGAUUGGAAUUUUGGGUGACAAUUUAGCUGUGAAUAGUCUAUUUGGUUUCAAUGAGAGUUUCAUCAGUGAAUACUAUUGUCGGUUCUGUAAAAUGCCUAAAGUUGAAGCGCAGAAAGUGGUUCAAGAAAAUGAAACACUGCUCCGUAAUAAAACUAAUUAUGAAUCAGACUUAUCAAAUCGUAGCCACGGUGUUAAGAAUAAAUGUGUUUUUAAUGAAAUAAAUUUUUUUCAUAACACUUGUAACUGGACGAUUGACAUAAUGCAUGAUUUGUAUUUAGGUAUAUGCAGGUAUGACAUGGGCAAAAUAAUAAAACAUUGUAUUCUAAAUAAAUAUUUUACUCUGAAUCAACUUAACAAUCGACUGAAAUUUUUUGACCAUUGCGAAGUAGAUAGUGGUAAUAAAAUUUCUACAAUUAGUGAUACUCAUAUUCAAAAUGAGCAUUUGAUACUUACCGUGGCUGAAAUGUCAUGUCUCAUAGCCUAUUUUGGAAUAAUAGUCGGGGAUCUGGUACCACCUGAUGAUCCAGCGUGGUUGCUAUACACUUAUUUAUUCGAUAUAAUAAGCAUAGUAACAAGUACAAUUAUUUCAGAUAAUGAAAUUAUUUAUCUAAGAGAAUUAAUCAGGCUGCAUCAUCAAUUAUAUUUACAAACGUUUCAGGGGCAUUUGACAGCUAAAUUCCACUUAUUAGUACAUUAUCCAACGAUUAUAAAAAUUUUUGGCCCACCGAAAUUUUACUCGUGUUCAAGGUUUGAGGCUUUUCAUAAAAUAUCGAAAGCGAUACGCUCACGUUGUAAACUGCCGUAUUAA